CUCAACCUGUAGAGAACAAUGACACACUCUUCACUCUCUCAGUUCAGAUCAGAUCAGUUUAGCAGUGAAUCUAUUAAUAAAGAGAAAGUACAAACUUAAAGCACAAAUCAAUAUGUGUGAUAAUUGAGAUAUAAAAUGUCACAGAGCACAAAACAUGAUAUGUGUGUAUGUGUGAUUUAUGAGGACACAUAUUUGUAUAAUGACAUGGGUAUUACACUGGUAUUACAAUGUAAACAUGCAAUAUGAAGACAUUUCAUGAGUCCUCAUGUUUAAAAAAGCUUUAAAGGUGCCCUAGAAUUGAAAAUUGAAUUUACCUUGGCAUAGUUGAAUAAUAAGAGUUCUGUACAUGGAAAUGACAUACAGUGAGUCUCAAACACCAUUGUUUCCUCCUUCAUAUGUAAACCUUGUGCGUGAAAAACACCACGGAAAAACAGGCGAAUCUCAGCAUAACACCGACUGUGACGCAACAGUCGGGAUCAUUAAUAUGUACGCCCCCAACAUUUGCAUAUACCAGCCCAUGUUCAAGCCAGUAUUAACGUCUGGAGCUGCACAGCCGAAUCAUCAGACGUUCUGCAGGUUUUGUGAAGCCAUCAAGCAAUGACAAUAGCGAAAAUGGCAGAUGGAUCGAUAAUAACUGCUUAUGAUCCAUGAUAUAUUUAGUGAUAUUUGUAAACUGUCUUUCUAAAUGUUUCAUUAGCAUGUUGCUAAUGUACUGUUAAAUGUGGUUAAAGUUACCAUUGUUUCUUACUGUAUUCACAGAGACCAGAGCCAUGUCGUUAUUUUAAUUUUUAACCCGAAAAUGCUUGUAGUCUGUAUAAUUCAUAAACGCAUCUUCAUUCUUUAUAAAUCUCUCCAACAGUGUAGCUUUAGCCACGCAGCAUUAUCAAACUCAUUCAGAAUCAAAUGUAAACAUCCACAAUAUGCCAUACUUACGUGAUCUGCUAUGCUGCAUCACCAACAGUUUGUAAAGAUCCAUUUUGAGAGUUAUAUUGUGAACUUCAGUAUUGUUUAUGCAAUGUUUAUUGGAGUCGCGAGUUUGGGGGCGGGGAGCACAAGCAUUUAAAGGUGUACACACCCCAAAUCAGAGCAUUUUUAAUUCCACCCCAAAAUAGGCAGUUAAAACAUGGUAUAAUAAAUGAUCUGUGGGGUAUUUUGAGCUGAAACUUCACAGACACAUUCUGGGGACACCAGAGACUUAUAUUACAUCUUGUGAAAUAGUGUUCUAGGGUACCUUAAAAACAUACUAAACAAUGUUUUAUUAAAAAUGUAAAAAUGCAGAAAGUUUUCUGUGAGGGUGUCACAUCCACGCCUUCCCGGACUCCGUUUCCCAGAAUCCUCCUGUUCCGCACUCCUGUUUGCACUUCCCUCAUCAGUCUUCCCGCCAUCUCCCCGGAUUCCCAGCACCUGUUGUCCUUGUCAGCACUCCCUUUAAGUUGGACUCACUCCCUGCACUCCUGGUCCGUUAUAUUGUUUGCUACAUGUGUGUAAAGCUGUCGUUCUGUCCUUCGAUGAUAUUAAAGCCCUGAUAUUGUGGAUUUCCGUAUUUCGCCUCAUCAAUACAGCAUACACCGUAACAGAAUAACGGACCCAACCGCUGGAAGUCUACUUUUCAAGAUGGGCUUAUUCUUCAUCUCCGAGAUCCCUGUGUCUCCCGUGCCUCCAAAGCCAGCUACAGCGUCGGAUCGCCUUUGUGGGUGCCGGCAGGACGGUCGCUCGCUGGAGAGGUAUGUGGAGGAGUUUGUCGAGCUUGCUUAUUUGGCGAAUUGGCCAGAUGCCUGUUUGAACGCCUGUUUUCUGGCGGGGCUGGACGAGGACACGAUCCGUUUUAAAGAACCUGCCUGCUAUUUUUCCCUAGUUGAAGCAAUUAAUCUGAUUUUGUUCCUAAAUUGUUCUGAUUUUGUCAUUGAGGAGGUUCUUGAUAAGUCGUGUGAUCCUCGUCCAGUUUCCUCAGAAACACCGGCGGCCUGGCCAGUUCGCCAAUUGCCGCUUCCCUCCGCCUGCCCCUCCAGUGAGCAUUCCCCUGGUGUCCUGCCGGACCCAAAACCCCGGAUGGGCGAUGAAAUAUCCUCAACUGGGCCGAAACUGCAAAGAAAGAAGAAAAGGGCCACCAAACAACCCAAGUCUUCUGAGUUUUCUGCCUCCAUGCAGCCCCAGUUUCCUGAGUUGGCUGUCUCCAUGCAGCCCCAGACUCCUGAGUUUAAUGCCUCAGUGCAGCCCGAGUCUCCUGAGUUGUCUGUCACCGUGCAGCCCAAGAUGCCAGUCCUGGACACGGAGGACUGGUUAAUAGACUUUUGGGCUGAACCAGCUCCCAGUCUCCUCGACCUUGUUUCAGCCUUCCAUGUGCCAGCCCUCACCGAGCCCGCUCAAGGGUCCGCCGAGCCCGCUCCAGCCGCCGCCGCCGCCGUGCCAGCCGCUCCAGCAGCCGCCGUGCCAGCCGCUCCAGCAGCCGCCGUGCCAGCCGCUCCAGCAGCCGCCGUGCCAGCCGCUCCAGCAGCCGCCGCCGCCGCCGCCGAGCCCGCUCCGACUCCAGCCGCCGCCGAGCCCACCCCAACCGCCGCUGGACCCACUCCAGUAGCCCACGAGCCCUUUGAACCCCUGAGUCUCCCAAAAUAUUUUUUUGGGGGGGGAAGGGUAUCUGUGGGUGGGAAAGAUGGGGGUGGGCUAGGAGACCCUCCGUGGCCUGCCGAGGCUCCUGACCCGCCGUGGCCUGCCGAGGCUCCUGACCCGCCGUGGCCUGCCGAGGCUCCUGACCCGCCGUGGCCUGCCGAGGCUCCUGACCCUCCGUGGCCUGCCAAGGCUCCUGACCCGCCGUGGCCUUCCCUGGCUCCGGACCCGCCCUGGAGACCUCCACAUCCACGCCUUCCCGGACUCCGUUUCCCAGAAUCCUCCUGUUCCGCACUCCUGUUUGCACUUCCCUCAUCAGUCUUCCCGCCAUCUCCCCGGAUUCCCAGCACCUGUUGUCCUCGUCAGCACUCCCUUUAAGUUGGACUCACUCCCUGCACUCCUGGUCCGUUAUAUUGUUUGCUACAUGUGUGUAAAGCUGUCGUUCUGUCCUUCGAUGAUAUUAAAGCCCUGAUAUUGUGGAUUUCCGUAUUUCGCCUCAUCAAUACAGCAUACACCAUAACAGAG